UGCUUCCGGAGGUUAAGCUAAGAGAGCGAGAGGCUUGUUUGGCGUUAGAGCGAGAAGGCGGAAAUCGUCUAGAUCCUGGUGCAUGGCCUUGGAGCCAGUGCUUGUACAGAGAAUGGGCCCAGAGCGGAUUUGUCCAAACGAACAUGAAGAGCUGGGGCUUCAGGAGACAUCUGACGGAACCCCUGACCCUGCUGGGGAGUGGAGCAGUGAAGAACCUGAGGAGGAGGAGGAGGAGGGCAGUAGUAAUGGCUACUUGUACCAACCGCUGAACCAAGAUCCAGACCAGGGACCAGGAGCUGUUGAAGAAACGGGGCCUAGCACAGAGCCAGCCCUUGAUAUCCACGAGCGACUUCAGGCAAUGAGACUGCACCUACCAGACCCACCUGUGGACAGUGAUGAGGAGGAGGCAUCUGCAGCUCAAACCAGUCGCACCUGCAUUCCUAUGGAUCCCGAACAUGUGGAGCUGGUGAAAAGGACUAUGGCUGGGAUCAAGCUCCCAACACUGGGUAUCCCUGCAUGGGCUAAUGAGAUUUCUGAUGACCAAUGGAAGGAUAUGGUGCAGCGAACGCUGCAAGCCAGACAGAGUGGCUCCAAGCCUGAAUGGAAGUGAAGAUCGAAGAGCCAAUAAAUUCUCCAUUCACCAAGGAAAUGGCUAAGCAAAAAGUGCUGCACUUUAAACUAACCUCCUCUGACAUGGUCAGGCAUAUAUUAUCUUUCAUCAGCACAGAUGCUCUGUGUUCAUUUUGUGAUUUGGCCUCUUUCAUUAGAUGUUUGUAAUACCUGAUCGUAGCUACUGAGCACUUGUGGUGGUAGGUGUAGCCCACACCAUCAAGGUUCUCCUCCUCUUGGUGAAAAGUCUCUUGAAGAAAUAAUCCUUCCCUGUGAAAUGGCCCCGGGCAUGUAUAUAGUAGCCCUAUUAGCCUUGCUCUCUGUCCCCACUUUCCUUGUGACACAUGGGCUUAUGAGCUAAACAUGGCCAUCAGGUGGAGUCCGUCAUGUCAUCUUUUCAAGAGAUCCAUUUUAUUUAGUUCUGUACAUUACAGGGACAUCUGUACAAAAUCCAACACUGUCAUACUAUGUAAUACUCUACUGAAAAUAAAGUACACCAUAUGUACAUAAUGAACUAUAAA